AUGGCACCAUCCAAACCUAGGCGAGCGGUUCUGGAUCGUGGGUCGGACGUGAAAGCGGAAGUUCUCUCGGCGGCAACUCUGAAAGAUCGCAACGAUAAAGGUCAGCAAAAUGACGACUCAUCUGGCAUCAAGAAAUCUCGCGACGGUGGCAGCGAUGACAGCGACAAGGGUAGCGAUGGCAAGGGCAAGGGCAACGGAGGAGGCAAUGGGGGCAGUGACAAGAAUAAGGGCAACAACAAGAGCCAAGAUGAUGGCAGCAAAGACAGCAACAAGGAUGGAGGCGGCAGUAAUAACGACCACAGCGGCAGUAAAGACGGCGGCAGCAAUAACAAUAAUAAUAACAACAAGGGUAGCGGGGACGAGUCAACGACGAUUAGUGUCGUGACGGCCACCAUUGCCACAGAAGUUCCUGCGGCUGCACCCCCGGCGACGACGCCUACUACCACGCCGACGCCGCUGCCCAGCCCACCUCCGACCACUUCAACCACAUCGACCACAUCAGUUCCCACCCCAGUCGCGUCAGUCGUCCAAUCGACAAGUAUAGUGACCUCGGUACAGAUGGCAACUAUGACCACUGUCAUUCCUGUUUUGACUACCUUGCCCCCUAUCACAAUAUCCAGUCAACCUAGGAAAGGUGUAGAUGGGCCAGGGGCAGACUUUACACCCGCUCUUCCCGCUUUGGGAACAUCGUCAUCACUUGGUACAAUCGCCUUUACUGCUACAGACGCCACCGCUACUGUCACCGCCACUGCUCUCGCGGACUCUCUCAACGAUAACGACAACGGCGGCAAUAAUGACUCUGGCGGAAGUCGCAACGGAGGGAAGGACCGAGACGACAACAAGCCCCCACCCGGUGCGCUGGAUCCCGCAGCAGAGCAUGCCCUCAUUGCUGUCGGAUCAAUUGGCGCUUUUGUCUUGAUUUGCUUUGUUGGCUGGAUCAUCUACCGCACCCUGAAAAAGUCAAGGCGUCGACGUGAGGAGUUUGGUGGAAACAACAACUUGAUGAAUAGACUGCCUUGGCGUAGGAAUCAGGGCAACUCGGGUUGGGACAGCCAAAGCAUGUUCAUGAGGAAUGAUUUACCUCCGCCAAUGUACGAAAAGGGGAGCCACAAUUCCAUGGAGGCGGCCGGAUUCUAUGGCGCCGACAAGAUGUAUCAGCAAUCGAAUCAGCCUCCGAGGCUGAGCCGCACGAAUACGGCGACCUCACAGCGGAACAUGCAGCCUCAAUUGGCCCCCGGAUCAGUCGUCAUGAUUCCUGCAGAGCAGUACAUGGCAAUGAGUCAAGCACAAUCGCCCAUUGGCAGCGACGUAAAUAACACCAUGAGGUCACGGAUGCCGGACAACUUCUACAAUCAGUCGGAGCUAGCCCGCCAACCAUCUGACGCCUACGAUCCGAACCGACGACAAGUAAACAGAGCAAGUGAACUCUCUUCUCUGUCGUCGGGCUUCGGAGACGGCGAUAUAAUUAUACCCGAGGAGUACCUCAACCCACCCCAGCCUGCUGCAACACAAUUACGGCAGUCAAACAACUUCAUCACUCGCUUUUCGUGGAUGAGCCGCCGAGAAGCCGGUGAUAGAGAAACAGUCUACACUACGACUAGCGAGGAUCGGCCUGCGCGUUAUCGGUCAGUUGGAAGCUGGGUCAAUCAACAAACAGGACGUUUGAAGCGAGCAGAUGAGAGGAGCCAGGAAGUCCCACCGGUUCCUGAUCUGCCGCCCAUCAACACGGAUCAAGGAGGCAUGAGGUGA